AUGGAGACUGUGACGAUGCCGCCAGCUGGGGACGCUGUCGGUUCUGCAUCCGUUUCUGCGCCUUCUGACCAAGGAAUAGAUCCCUCCACGUCCGGUGCAUCCGAAGACUGUGAACAAUUGACCAAAUGUCACAACCCGCCUAUGACACGGCGUAGUUGUUCCGAUUCGGGGCCAGACUUCCCUCAAACCCAUUUACUUUCUCCGCCGCCAUCCACCUCGGCGCUCUCUUUGCCUGGUUCACGAUCCAGUUCUCGCUCUUCUGUUUACUCUUCGGGGGGCGAGUUGUCUCCAGCUGUUCCAAGAUCCUCAGUUUCAAGGAGACCUACAAGCUUCUACGGAGGAUCCUUCCAGGACACACUGAGCCCUGUCCCACAAGAUCAUCCCGGAAAUCGGAAAUUAUCCAAGCGACGAAGCUGGCUGCCAGGCCUACAAAAUUUUUCUUCUGGAGGAAAAAAAAGAGACAGCUCGGAGGAAAAAUAUACAACGUGGAUUCUUGGUCCUGGCAGUGAUGUGGAGUUUGAUGCUUCGCCGUUAAAGAAAGCAAAGCCAAUACCCGAGCUGUGGGAUCCCGAUGGCGAUACCUUUGUUUACCUUUUCCCUCGAGAAACCGGAAAAGCCCCUUCCUUUAAAGUCGAUUCUUCUAUAUUCUCCUCUUCGCGGGCUCUUUCGGCAUUGGCUCAUGACAGAGUAUAUGGUCAAGAUGAACCUUCUCCAGAAACAUCAGAUCAAUAUCCCAAAAUAUCGUCACAAGAAUGUGCGCUCCCAAGUCCCACAUCCUCACCUGUGACUUCUCCAACAAGUGGCUCUUCUCAUUCCACCCGUCUCUCCCGAGCAUCGAGCAACUUUUCAAUGGGCCCGCGGAAAGAGAUCCACCUAUACUUGGCCGAAGUAGCCCUAAAAAAUGAUCACAACCAGGCCAAGGUUUUCAGCUCAUCUGAAGAUCUGGACGACCUUGUUUCUUUGCGAAAUCUUUUCGCGUUCCUGCUCGGCCAGGCGCUCGUAGCAACCAGCAAGCACCAGACUAUUCUAGCUAUCUUCUUACGAGGAGGUGGUCUCCUUGAAAGCUUUGGGUUUUCCAACCUUGAUGGAUCUAGCUUCGGUGAAGUCCCAGUUGAGAGAUUCGACCGAUAUGUGGAAGAAUUCGGUUUAGCAGAUGUCAGACGAAGUCCUGAAAAGACCAUUGAGGGUCUUAUCUUGGCUGAAAGGAUGCGGUCGUUGAAGCUCUACAAUGAGUGCUUUGUCCACGCCGUGGGCAAUUUUGACAGCUUGAUGAAGCUUAAUGGCCCACAGUAUGGCUUGAUAAGUGAAACGACCCGGAAACGUAUUGAAAGAGCAUCCAUGGAUCUGACCGGACGCCUGGAAAAUGUCCGAUUGAAGCUAAAAGAAUUCGAAUUCCCAUCUCUGUGGGCUGGUAUAGCCAGUUCAAACACGGUCGAUGAGAGCAAGAAUAUCCACUUCAAGGCUUGGAGAGCGUCUUUCCUUUCCACUCGAAAGCAUUUCUUGGGUCAUCUCAAGAAGAGAUACGGCUCCUGGCCACCAAAAGCGAGCUCAAAGAAGAAUGAGUUUGAGGAGAGCGGUCUCAAUCGUAUUGUGCUCCAAGAGGUCUAUGAAGAUCUCGGUGUCAUCUAUGACCUCUUAGUCGAUCGCACUUCCCUGACCACCCGGGGUGGUGCUUGGCCCACACAGACCAAGGCUGGCGGCGGACCAGAUUCCGAAAAUCCUAUAUUCUGGGCUCUUCGGGGAAUCCUAGGAGAGUAUGACCGCAGUUCUCCCCCGGUUUUACCUCCCAUUCCCUUUGACGUUCCUUUACUUCCAUCUUUAGCUUCCACUCGAAAUGGUUUUGGUACUGGUGAUGCCAAAAAGGAAGCCAAGGAGGAUAACAAAAGGCUGAAGGACAGCGAGGUUGAAAAAAUCCUCAGUGCAUCCCACAAUGCCGACACAAUCAUAAAGAGCCCCUUCCUGGGGACUUUCCAAGCCUUUGAGAGUAAAGAAGCCCAUAGGCAGUCAAGUAAUGGUCUCUGCGACCUGCGUAUCGGACAAUGGAUAUUCAUAUACACCGUGCUCCAGGCAUUGCCCAUGGUGAUCGUUGAUGCGCCCGGUGUCCAAUGGAAAAAGGGCGUAGAGUAUUUCCUCUGCGAACCGCCCAAAGGUGGUGUACCCUGGAGCAAAGAGGACCCAGGGCUAAGAAUGAAUUGGUACGAAAUUGCAGGCGGCUCAGGCUUUGUUAGUCUUCCUUCGGACAUUGUCGAUUACAGCAUCGAGGGCACCUAUCGCCGGAGCCAUUGCUGGGGAGCAGCUGCCAAAUGGGGCGAGGAUGUUGUAGGCCUCUUGGACAAUGCUGUUUCCCCAACCGACGCAAAUGCCGAUGCCGAUUCCUCUUCGCCAGCAGCGCCAGCGCCAGCCUCGAGGUUACUUAGCCCGAAUCGGUCCAUCUCUCCCCAGUCCCGGUUGUCUGUUGUCAAUCUCGGAUUGGAAGCACUGGCAGUUCCGUCGGGAGUCAGUCCCGAUGGAACAACUCCAGCACGGCCCGUCUCAACUUUUGACCCGAAUUUGAGCUUCGAGACAAUCAUUGGUAGUGCCGACCCGCGAAGUAAUGACCGGCCUAGGAGGAAGAGCAGAGUCUUUUCCUGA